UUAUUUACUUAUACUUCCUGAUCGACAAAAAUAUUUUUUUUCGCUGUGAAAAGUGCUUUUCAUGCGUCAGUCGAUUGCCAACUGCAACAGAAACAUGAUGGGCUUCCAGAUGAAAUUAAGUUUUUUCAUUGUUGUUCUGCAACUUGCUUCAAUUCUAGCUCAAGAAAGUGUUGUGGGUCAAGCAUGCAACAAAACAGCACAAUGUUCAACGACAUGUGGAAAAAUCAUCUAUUGUGACAACGAAAAUAUUACUAAUGCUGGCGUAGAUUGUCCAGCAUCGCAUCCCUAUUGUGUGACUGAUGUGCGGGCAGAUCGUUGUUCGAACGUAGAAGACCCUUUAAGACCGGAAUGUUGGAAAUCUCAUGUCACUUGGAAUGAUUUCUUCUGCACUGAUGUCGGAUAUUUUCCAGAUCCCAAAAACUGCCAAAACUACUACAUUUGCAGCUAUGACCAUAUUCUAGCUGAUAUUGUGCCACAACGGUAUGAAUGUCCACCAGGUCAUAUUUUCAACUACGCCAGAAACAAGGAAUGCACUCGUUAUGUCAAUCCUCCAGCAUCAUAUUGUCCGAAUAUUACGUGUAAUUCGCAAGAACCUAGUUACGCUAUUGUGCAUCCCCGCGAUUCUUCGUACUAUUACUUUUGUAUGCCGCAUCCGAUGAUUCCAGGCGACAACUAUGUGCCAAUUAUGUUUAGAUGUGACGACGGAUGGACAUUUAAUGGACGGAGAUGCACUUUUAAUUGUCAACGCGAAGGCAGAUACAGCGUAAAAGGCAGUGAUACGGCGUACUACGAAUGCAGCUACGUAAAUGGGCGUUAUGAAUUUACUGUUGAAAAGUGUCCGAAAGGCUUUAAAUUUGUACAGAGCAUUGGAUUUUGUCAACUGCAAUAAAAUUUUAUUAAAUAUUUAAGGAUAAAAUGUUCAUUGCAUAACUAUAUUUUUAGUGAGAUCGCCCCUAGAUAUAUGCAAUAAAAUAGUAUUUCAAAACAUA